AUACAAUCAAUCAGAGGUUUUGCAUAUCUAUAUAUCUCCAACCAUUCACCACAAAGCAUUCUAUCAUUUUAUUGUAAUUAAUUCGCACGCAAAACAAACGCUUAAAUUUGUUAUUAUAAGGUUCAGUUUGUAUUAUUUGUUGAUAAUUAACUGAUGGCACAAGUCAGAGGAUCAUCAACAAGAGGGAUGGGAGAGAGAUCGUCAUCAUCGACACGCUUGCACCAAAAGAUUUUGCCUUCCUCAGGUUGGACAGAGGACUCCAAUGGCCAUUAUCUUCUUGUUGAUCUUCCAGAUUUUAAGAAGGAGGAGGUGAAGCUUGUGGUGAAUGUCUCAGCUGGCCAUUUAACAGUCAGCGGACAAAGGCAAGUCAAUGAGAAGAAAUCUGAGUAUUUUGAGCAGAACUUUACCAUCCCUCCAAACUCAGAUGUCGAUAAGAUCACCGGAAAAUUUGACGGUGAGAUUCUCUAUGUCACUGUGCCAAAGGUAGCAGCAGUUGUAGAAGAAAAGAAAGAAGCGGAACCUGAAAUAGAAAACCAAAAUGUUGAUGAAACCGCUGCCACAGAACCAGCUAAGCCAGAGAACAAAAAUGUGGAAGGCGCUGCAGCAGAAAACAUACACUUAACAAGACCGAAAAAUGAUGGACAGCACUCGAACAAAGAUGAUGGAGCCUCAAAAAAAUUAUCAGGAAUUAAUGACCGCAUAUUCUUUUCUCUGGAGAAUAUAAGGAAAUGGGAUAAGCAUGAAGAUGGGAUUUUGAAGACUGCAAUGGAGAUGUUGAGCAAAAAUAAAGGGACUGUUAUAACAGCUGUGGUGGCAUUUUCACUAGGGGUGCUAGUUUCUCGUCAGACGUUCCAAUGAGCAGGGCAAUGAGAAUUAAGAUUAUCUAGAGAGCUAGCUCUUUAAUUAAUUAAUCUGUGUACAUUAAUUAACUGUUAAGUUACACUUGUUUUACUUUAAUUCUCUGUCAUCUGUUGUUUAUAAAUAAGAACAUUUCAAUGAAUGAGAUGUAUCCUUGUAA